CAGCCGGUUGGGACGCGGGGGCUGAGGUGCACGGCGGGGCGCAAUGGCUGCGUGGGGACAGAGGCUGGCCGGGGUGCGCGGGGUGCUGCUCGACAUCUCGGGCGUGCUGUUCGACGGCGCCGAGGGCAGCGGCGUGCCGAUCGCCGGCUCCGUGGAGGCGGUGGCGAGACUGAAGCGGUCCCGGCUGAAGGUGAGGUUCUGCACCAACGAGUCGCAGAAGUCCCUGGGAGACCUCGUGGAGCUGCUUCAGCAGCUGGGCUUCGACAUCUCCGAAGGGGAGGUGACUGCUCCGGCCCCGGCCACCUGCCUGAUCCUGAAGGAGCGAGGUCUGCGGCCAUACCUGCUCAUCUGUGAUGGAAUCCGCUCAGAAUUUGAUCAGAUCGACACGUCCAACCCCAACUGUGUGGUCAUUGGAGACGCAGGAGAAAGCUUUUCUUAUCAGAACAUGAAUAAGGCCUUCCAGGUGCUCAUGGAGCUGGAGAAUCCCGUGCUCAUAUCUCUGGGGAAAGGACGCUACUACAAGGAGACUUCUGGACUGAUGCUGGACGUUGGUGCCUAUGUGAAGGCGCUCGAGUAUGCCUGUGGCAUUGAAGCCGAAGUGGUGGGGAAACCUUCUCCUGAGUAUUUCAAGUCUGCCCUGCAAGAGAUGGGGUUGGAAGCCCACCAGGCUAUCAUGAUUGGGGACGAUAUCGUGGGCGACGUGGGCGGUGCCCAGCGGUGUGGAAUGAGGGCGCUGCAGGUGCGGACCGGCAAGUUCAGGCCCAGUGACGAACACCAUCCAGAAGUGAAGGCUGACGGGUACGUGGACAACCUCGCGGAGGCCGUGGAUUUGCUGCUGCAGCAUGCAGACAAGUGAUGGGCCCUCUGAGACGGCCCCCAGCAUCCUGCCACCCCUCCCCCAAUGCCUGGACCACCCAAGGCCCUCCCCUGUGCCCUUUAUCCUGAACAGGCAGGGAAGAGGGCGCCAGCCAGGCAGCUCUGGGCUGCCCUGCCUCUGGGCCCGUGCCAGCCAGCCCCUUCCUCUGUCUCCCCUGCCCCUUCCUCUGUCUCCCCUCCCCAGUCAUGCCCCCCAACCUCCCGAGCUGAGGUCAUCCCCACCUGCUGGCCUGAACCCCUGCCUGCACCCCAGGGAAGUCACGAGUGGGGACAGACCUGGGGCCUCCAGAGAAGGAAACCCUCGGGCCUGGCUCUGGGACUGUCCCGAAGCCCGGGUCCCGUCACUCUCCCUUUGCACCUGGUCCUUUAACUGUUCCACCUGAUUGGACUCAGAGGCACUGCCCACUGCCUCCGUAUCAGACAUUCCGUGCACUUGAGGGAGGAGCCUGGAGGGGCCUCCCGUGCACAGUCCAUGCAGCCUGGAGCUGAGCCAGCCUCCCUGGGACUGCCCAGCAGCCCCUGCCCACCCUCCACCCGCCACCCUUCCUAUCCCCGCAAGUCACCCCUGGAGCCAAAAGCCAGGCCAGCUCCCGGGCACUCUAAAGACACCCUCCCACAGAGCACAAGUAUGACCCUCUGGAGUCGAGGUUGCAGGCACGGAGGGUGCUUCUGGAGCCCCAGCUCAGACUUGAGUGUGUCCUGCCCGGCACAGGCAGGAAGAGACUAAUUAAAUAAGCUCUGCCCUGACCCACAGCCGACUCAGGCCUUGACUGCAGAGGGCCGUGGGGGUAGGGGGCGGUGGGGGCGGCCUGGCACCGUCCCUGGGCCUGCCUGUGCUUGAACCCGAACAUCAGCGGGCCAGGACCCUGAGACACCUCGCCUGUCCCAGCCCCAGAGUUUAACUGGUGGGGAAACUGAGGCCCUGAGGGGACAGUGAGCUCCCGAGGCCCCAUCGGGGACCAGGUGGGCCAGGGCGCACGUUGGCCUUCCUCACAGAGCAGCCCCGUGGCCGUGGGCUUCCCCACUCACUCAGCCCGGGUUUCAGGUUUCAAAGUCAUCAGCUGUCAACAGAUAGUGCUCCGUUUCCCCCCACAUCGACCCAGAAGCCACUGAUAAGUCCUGUGAUACAGCUUCUCAUAAAAGAAGUCCUGAGUCCUCCGCAGCCGGGUUUCCACUCAGCAAAGGCAGGCGCUGAUGAACACUGGACCCGGAGCCUGGGUCCCCCCCAGGCCACAGGUGGUGGCGGCGGCAGGGCUGUGCCUCCCCAGCCUUGCCCACCAUUAAGUAGGGGUGGGGAGGAAGUGGCAGGGCCGAGCCUGUUCACGGAGAGGAGAGGCCACGCCGGCUGCUGUGGCUGGCAUGCCAGGGAGCAGGGCGUUUGGCCUGUCGGGUGUCCCUUGUCACAGCUCGCCGGGAGCUCUGCAGUGGCUGGGUAGCGGGCACGCAGCUCACUGCAGUGUGGAGGGCACCUGCAGGGGGACAGGUUUGGGGGUCUUUGGUUUUCCCUUUUUUUUUCUUUCCCCUUUGCGUCCUUGGCAGGAGCUAGCAGCCAGGGCAGCGCCCCCUGGAGGAAGGAGGCUGGCGCUCGCUCUCUCCAUGGACAAGAGGAGUCUCCUCUUGCAGGCUGCUGCCCAUGAGUGGGGACAGGGAGGGUGUCCAAGGGACAGCAGGUGCAGACCCCUGCUUUGGACAGAGAAUGUGCCACCCCCGAGCUGUGGGUUCAGUAAGUGGAUGCUGUUGUCCCCCCAUUUUACAGAUACAUAAGUACACUAGGUGCAGAGGGAGAAAGCCGCUCUUCUGAGGGCCGACAAUUGGUAAGGGCAGAACUGAGGCCCGAAUCAGGUUCUGACCCCGCAUCCAUGCCCUUUCUAGUCUCUUCCACAGUCCUUCUGUGGGGGGGUGGCCUGUGGCAUUCUCCCUCCAGAGACAAAAUAUUCUUUGGGAUUGAGCUCUGGCCCCACUGUGGGGGUGUCAUGUAACUCCUAAGCCUCAGCUACUUCAUCCUUUCCCUAACAGGCAUCACUGAGCCCUGCUGGGGGCCAGGCCAUGCUGAGGUGCUGUCACCCAGAUGGGGAUAAUGACAUCUGUCCUGCUGCCACCUAGGGUGACAGUGCUGCCCAGCCCCAGCCUGCUGCAGACCCUCCAUCCACGCCCCAAGCAUCGCAGCACAGUUCUCCGGCCAGAGAUGGCCGUAGCCACUGGCCACGUGUGGGGCUGGAGUUCAGGGCGGGCCAUGGCCUAAGGACCUGUCUGCAAUCAGGUGACGCACCACAGACCUGCUGCUAAGAAACAGACACUCAAAGUCCAGGCAACAGGCCAGGUUGGCCCCCCUGCCAGCAGAACGUUCCAGGAUCUAGGGGCACCCAGCAGAGCCACUGUCGGGAGGGGUGGGGGUGGGUGGAGAGGAGAGGCUGAGUAUGUCACCUCUUUGGGGGCACAAGGUCCUCAUCUACUCCCAGAUCUUCCAACUCAAGGGUCCACAUGGUACCAGCCCUGUGUGAAAACCCAAUUCAAACUUGGUUAUCCAACAAGAGAGUUUAUUGUCUCAUGUGACUUACAAGUCCAGGCCUGGCUGGAUCUGGGUCCCAAGAAAGUCCCAGGCUGACCCGGGGGCCGCCCCACCCAAACUCCCACAAGACAGAGGGAGGCAGCAUGGCACCAGGAGGAGGACAGGAAAACAGGGGGCGUCCACACUGCCAUUGUGCUGAUGUGCAGCUGGCAGCGGCUGGGACAUCAGGGUCCUCAACACCAGCUGCGCGCCUACCCCCAGGCCCGGCGGCUCCAGCGCUCCCUCCUCCUUCAGGUCAGAUGGACAAGGUCCCUGCAGAGGCUGGUCCUUCCCGCUGGGCCACUCCUGCCCCUCAGGGAGGCAGGCGGGAGCUGGCAGGUAGGAAAGGGCCAGAGGUGGGGACGCAGAGAGGGACAUGCACACGGCCCACCGCAUGCUCACGGUUCCACCUCCUACCCCAGCGUGAUGACCCACCACUCACUGUCCCUCGGAACUGUCCCGCUUUAGGUGGUAAACAUAUCGGCACUUGACGUUCUCUCAUUUUUUGUUUCUUUCUUUUUUAAGAUUAUAAAUGCAAUAUGUAUUGCUGUAGGAAAUUCAACAGAAAAGUAUAAAAAGAAACCAGAAGUCA